AUGAGCUGCGUAAGGACAAAGACCUCUCGCGCAUCGACAAGAGCGAGAUUGCGCAACCGGCGAGCAUCGCCGUCCAGAUUGCCCUGGUCGACUUGA